AUGGCCGAUCCACUUAGUGUCGUAGCGUCCAUAGUCGGCAUAGCCGGCGCCGGAAUCCAGCUCUCAACAACGCUAUAUACCUACGCCGAGACAGCCUUCUACGCCGACAAGAGUCUCCAAGACAUUGCCCGAGAUGUCUCGCUCACAUCUUCCGUUUUGGGACAGCUGGGUGAGCUGAUCAAACAAGACAAGCAGGCCAAACUCUGCUCGGAGAAUGCGCUCAAGACGGCGGACGAAGCUGUCACGGGCUGCAGGGCCGUAUUCACCGAAAUUGAUACCGCACUGCAGAAGUCGCUAAAGAAAACUGGAGAUGGAAAGGCUGCGGUCUCGAAGCUUCAGAGGCUUAAAUGGCCCCUGGUAGAGCCUAAGAUGAAGCUCUUGCAGGGCAACCUAGAUCGACUCAAAAGCACUCUACUGCUAAUGUUAAACGUGCUGGCAUACGCCAAGAAGCUCAAGGAGGAGAAUCCACUGGCGGAAGAGCAACGGGUCUGUAUUCAACGACUCAUCCAAGUGAAUCAGGAGUCCACGGCAAAAUUCGAACAGUUAGAGAAGCUUCUUAGCCAGCAAUCACUGGCAAAGGCAACUCCGUCACCCGGUGUACAAACUGCUGUGCUUGCGCCACCUACACCGCCCCCAUCGAACAGUUCACCCGUUUCAUCACUCGAAAGGACACAGUGUCUGUGCGGCAAACCUUUCCAAGCAGGCACUUUGCAUUUCACAGAACGUGACAUCAUGAACUGUCUCUUCUGGGUCAAUACUGUGCGCAAGGCGAUCCACAAUGUCCAGAGCCCUUCUCCAGGCGAUACAUUGCCGACCGAGGAGCAAAUCUGCUCUAAGUUCCUGGAAGCCUGUCGGAUGGGGCAUGACGUUUUGCGCCUGUUCGUUGAAAGUGAGAAUGCUCAAAGUACCGGAGCAACGAACAUCAAUAAUACAGAGCCGCCUCAGCAAAAGGUAGACCUGCACGAGAUGGGCCACUGGCUGGGCCAGCUGCACGAGUUUGGAUACGAGUGCGGCGUCGACGGUAUCAAGCCAGCUGCGCCCACACAGCUUGCAAAGUGUAUCGAAGAACGCAGCGCGGGUAGCAACGCCUCAGCACGGAGCGACACCGCGGUUACAACUCAUCUCAAUGAGACUAGAUCUGGAAAAGCACCGAAAUUCUUGGUCAGGGCUCUCUGUGAAUACAAAGGUGGCCAUGGGGACCUGCAAUUCCAGUUUGACGAUAUUAUCACCAUCCUUGAGUGUCCGCCAGGCGUGAGCUGGUACCAAGGCUCUUUGAGAGGCACAGAAGGCAGAGUACCAUCACAUCUCGUUCAAGCGCUCCACAACGAACAUCUCGUCCAGGCGACAUACGACUUCAAGUAUGCGAAAGACGGAUGGCUUUGUCCCCGAAAAGGCGACAUCAUUCGUGUGCUCGGGGGUCAAGGAGGAGUGUGGAAAGGCUCGCUGAGAGGCCAGGUCGGGCUCUUCUCAGCAAAUGCCACGGUGAAGAUAAACGCACCGGCACCGCCCACUUCAAAGCCUCCGCAUACGGUACUUGCUAUACCAGGCCCAAGUAUGGAGAGACCAAAGGCGAAGGGUCGUUCAAGUGGAAGCUCUGGAGAUUUGCCGAUCAAGUUUUCUUCCCAGUACAGUGAUUUGCGCAGGUGUCCACCUAGUAAAACCACUGUUAGCCAGCCGAGUGUAAAGACAAGCGGGGAUACGGGCUCCUCCAAGCCAAGUAUUGACUUGUUGUCAGAUGAGCGUAGGCAACGACUCAAUUCCCCGGAGAGCCGCAUGAAAACGGCACAACAGCUUGCGCGAGGAUGGGCACUCGGGGACCGGGAGCCUACUCCUGCAGUCAAUUUAUCAAGAUCGAGCAAGCCUAAGCCUGCGCAAAUUCGCGAGUCUCAUUCUGAGCAAGAGGGAGAUACAGCCGGUGCUGACCCCGUCGAUUUGCUCUUGCGAGACUGGACAACACUUUAUCAGACGUAG